CACACGUGUGUUUGAUGCGCUAAACAUUAAGAGUAUCAAACUGAUGGAGCGUCGUUGUGUUUGCUACUAAAAAACAUAUUUUUCUAGUUUUUGCCGAAAUUAAUUUCAAACACACUGGUAGGAAGUUGAAGUAGUUUGUGUUUAUUGUCAGACGCUUUUUUGUUUUUGUCACGAUAAAACAUUCCGAAAGAUAUUGCCGAUAUAUGUUUGACAAGAAAACGUUUAUUAUUGUCAUUGCCAUUGUAUUUUUUCCUCACUUCUGUGUAAAUAGCGGGGCACUAGCUAGUUCUGGACAUCAUUGUAUUUAUUGCACGCCAUUAUUAAGUGUACUGCAAAGCAAUCAUGUCAGAAUCGGGCCACAGUCAGCCUGGCAUGUAUGGACCGGGACGCAGGAGAAGGCGACGCCGUGGCGACCGCGACAUCGGACCUCCCGGCCAGAACCUGUCUGGUCCUAGUCGGGAUCGGGAAUACCAACCUCGGGAACGAAGGGAUGGGAGUGAAGACCCACCGGGCCCUCUCAUUCAGAAGACCCCCAUCAUCCUGGCCAAGCCCCCCGCGGAGAGGGCCAAGCCAGCACAGAAUUUACCCGUCAGCGGAGCGCCAGUUCUUGACAAGCCGAUCAUGCUCAUGAAAGCUCGGGACGACGCGGUAAAGCCGGCAACUCCCCCGGAGGCGACGCCUCAGCCUUCUGGUCCCUCCAAAGUGGAGAGGGAAGGCCAGCGACCCACCCAGCCCGUCUACCAGAUCCAGAACCGGGGAAUGAGUGCUUCUGCAACCAGCAGCGCUGUGGACCCCUUGGUUGGCCAGUCCAAACUCAUCCCACCGGAGAAGAUGAAGCACAGCAUCAAGCUUGUGGAUGAGCAGAUGAACUGGUGUGACACUGCCAUGGAGUACCUGCGAGACCAAACGGAUAUGCUGGUGGUGGGCGUCCUCGGCCUGCAGGGAACUGGAAAAUCGACUGUCAUGUCUCUGCUAUCAGCCAACACCCCUGAAGAAGACCCAAGGGGUUACGUAUUCAGAGCGCAGACGCAAGAGAUUAAAGAGCGCGGUGGAAACCAGAGCACGGGAAUCGACUUUUUCAUCACGCAGGAGAGGAUCAUCUUCUUGGACACCCAGCCGAUUCUCAGCCCCUCCGUCCUGGACCACCACAUCAACAACGAUCGCAAAUUGCCCCCGGAGUACAACCUGCCUUACACAUAUGUGGAGAUGCAGUCUCUUCAGAUCGCCGCCUUCCUGUUUACGGUGUGCCACGUGGUCAUUGUGGUUCAAGACUGGUUCACGGACUUAAACCUCUACAGGUUUCUUCAAACGGCCGAGAUGCUGAAACCUUCCACUCCGUCCACAAGCCACGACAGCACGGGCUCUUCUGGCAGUGAUGACGGCGCAGAGUACUAUCCACAUAUAGUGUUCCUCCAGAAUAAGAGCAAGCGUGAGGACUUCUGCCCGAGGAAUCUCAAGGACAUGCAUGUUGUGGUGGACAAAUUAAUGGCCCACUCCCACCUCAAAUACAAAGGUUCGCUGUCCAUGCUAGACUGCAAUAUCUUUCCUGGUCUGGGCCAAAACUACAUGACGACUGAAGUCAACAUGUUCCUGCUGCCCGUGCAGGACAGCGACAGCGAGGAUAAUCUGACGAAAGCAGCUUCCACAAUGACGUAUCCCCUCUUCUCCUUGCUGCCGGGGUACAAGGGCCACCCGUCCUUCUCCAACGUGGUCUCCAAGUUGCGCAGCCAAAUGAUGGCCAUGCCCCGCUGUCAGCUGUCGCACACCAUCCUCACUGAGAAGAACUGGUUUCACUACGCCGCUCGAAUCUGGGACGGUGUGAAAAAAUCCUCGGCCCUCUCCGAGUACAGCCGCCUGCUGGCCUAGACUCGCAGGCCUGAUGACUUUCCCCACAAGUCCCUGUAAAUGGGAUGCACGGCUAUGAAAACUUUGGCUAAGAAUGACGUGGCCUUGGAACGGGGACGGUUUGGAGCUCCUGUCCCGGUCGUCCUUUCCCAAGGAAACGGGCGCAGUUGAGCUGUCGGAGCUGCGCCGCGCAUCGCGGCGGUGGGAAAGGGAAAAAGCGGUUGUGCGGACGAGUCUAAACAUGACCAAACGGCCGUUAUUGACCCGUGGGACUGUUGAACACCCGCUGCGAGACUUUCCUGAUAAGAAGAAAAGCAAAAGCCUUUUAUGAUUGGAAUUUUGUUGUGUGUUGGAAAAACAGCUGUGACAAAAGUGCUCCAGAGUUUUGUUUAUGAAUCUCUUUCAGGCCGCUGGAAUGCUGGAAUUAUUUUGCAGGUUAACUUCAAACUCGUGAUUAGAUGCCAAUGAAGGUUGUGCCUCAGAAACUGCAUCCCACGUUUCAUUGCUCUUAUUUUCCCGUUGUGGGGCAGGCACGGUGGAUCAGAUGGAAAGCGUUGGCCUCACAGUUCUGAGGUCCCGGGUUCAAUCCCGCCUGUGCGGACUUUGCAUGUUCUCCCCGUGCCUGCGUGGGUUUCCCUCCGGGCGCUCCGGUUUCUUCCCAAAAAGGUACAACAUUAAUUGAACACUCUAAAUUGCCCAUAGGUGUGAUUGUGACUGCGACUGUUUGUCUCAAUGUGCCCUGCGAUUGGCUGGCAACCGGUUCGGGGUGUAACCCCGCCUCCUGCCCGUUGACAGCUGGCUCCAGCACUCCCCGUGACCCUCGUGAGGCUAAGCGGCUAAGAAAGUGGCGGGAUGGAUGGUACGUUGUGGCAUGCCAAGGAAAUUGGAUGCUCUUGGAACAUGUUCACAUGGUAUCUGUUGAAGAUGUAAUAAUUGGACAUAUAUGUAUAUAUUCUUUUGGGGGUGGGGGGUACAAAUAUUAAAAUGUAAACAACUUCCAGAUCAGCCCAAAAUUUUUGUUCAUUCCAGUCCUUUUAAGAUGCGAAGAAUAGACUAAAAACCUGCUAUUUGUGCUGCCUCUGAUGGCCCAGACACAACAAGUACAACUUCUAGAGUUGCAAUUUGUUUGCAGAUUUCAAAUAAUUUUACGAUGAGAUUAAAAUGUGUUUCUCGUAAAUUAAGGUGCGGGAGACAUACAACUAUAUCAAACAUUGUCAUGUAUAAUAUGUUCUUUAUACCGUGAGAAAACAUGUCGGCAAUGCCGUAGGACACAUUGUGGGUUUUAGAUUUUUGUCCUGCGUGCAUUUUUAUUGACCAGGAUUAUUAUUUUCACUACGUUGGUAAAAAAAAAAAAUCUCAAAUGAAAUCGCGCAAAAGCAUACAAUAUAUGCAUACGAUAUAUGCCCACCAGC